AUUGACGAGUACGUCGCUACAAAAGAAGAGGAGGAGAAAAAGGAGGAGAAAGAGAAGGAGUAUUCGGAGGAGAAAGAAGAGGAGGAGAAAAAGGAGGAGAAAGAGAAGGAGACGGAAGAGGAGAAGGAGGAUUGGGAGGAGAACCAGGUAAGAUUUACUGCAUCUUUUUGGAAGCGUUCAAGUCUGCUUUUGAGACUUAAAACCGUGAUCCUCUGA